AUGAUGAGAGGCUCGAAUAAGCCCUACGUGUGCUGGCGAUGUCUCACAGUCAAGACGUCGCUGACUCCGGUGCCUAGCGCAUCGCGAUUUGCUCCACAGCUUCAACAGGGCCCCUCUGAUAUCUCCAGGAGAUCGUAUGCUGGUGCAAGUCACAAGUAUGUUGGCGGUGGAGGCCGACACCGUGGCGGCCACAUUAACUCGGCCUCGGACCGGGAGCUAGCCCACAUCCGCGAAAAGUCGGACAUCAGGGAGCGUCUCCGGGAGUGGGAGUCGGCGAAUCGCGAGCCCUCUCGCCGCAUGCUCCAGGACAUGCCCGCCCAGGAAACCCCGCUGUUCAACUUCCUGAUCAGGCCGGACCUGCCUUUCGGCGAAUCCGAGGCGGUCGGGUGGGAAGAGACCGAGCUGCAAAGGAACAGCAAGAGGAACCGCCUCCUCUUCGAAGCCGACGAGCUCGCCGACCUGCGCGGCGCUACAUACGGACACGGACGCCUGCCCCUCCUGGCCAUCUGCCUGGGACGUCACCACGGGCUGCAGUACUUCUACAUGGGCACCGGAGAGGUCGUCCCCGAGCGCAACAUACCCACGCUCUUCACCCUUACCAACUUCAUCGACCCGGCCAAGCUCCAGCCGCUGGUCGCCAUCCUGCCCGAGGAACCCGUCACCAAGCCGCGUAACGUGCUGUUCCACAAUCACACUCCGGCGGCCCUCAAGACCGCCUCCCGGCUCCAGGGCGAGCUCAUCAAGUUCUACCAGGACUCCGUCUCCUUCUACCAGUCCCAUCUGACCCUCGACACCGCCAGCAGCUUCCUGGCCCACCCCGAGAAGCCGCAGUACCUCAGCCUCGAGGAGCUGGCCGACAAGCUGCUGCCCGAGUACCUCAAGCAGGAAGACCGCUUUCUCCCGCACGCCCUGUACGCCGUCCACACCGCCAUCCAGCGCGACGAGUGGGGGUUCCGCCCCCUGAACGCCAAGUGGCACAGGCGCAACUACAUCUACGAGGUCCGCCCCACCUCCGACCUCCGCAUCAUGCGCAAGGUCGAGAACCAGGUCCGCGAGCUGGUCGAGGGCGCCGCCCUGCGUGAGGAACCCGCCGAGUCCAUCUCGCUGCUCAGGCAGAACAGCCUCGGCUCCUUCAUCCUCAAGGCCCGCGGCGUCAUCCAAGCGAACCGGCUGCGGAGGGAAUGGACGCCGCACGGCAUGAUCGGCCCGAGCGACGAAAAGGUCGACAACCUCGCCUCGUGGACCAAGCAGGAGGUCGACUACAUCCGCUUCAUGGAGCUCUGGUCCUGCCACCGCAUCGUGACAAAGGCCUCUCAGCUCGAGAGCCUGGGCUCGACCAUCCUCCGGCUGACCAACGUCUACAAGGACGCCGACUGGCUCGCCUACUGGACGGGCUUCACCUUCCUCCAGGAGAUCGGCUGGAUCCCGCCCUGGGAGAUCCCGGCCCGCUACGAGUACAGGUUUCCCGACACCAAGGUCCACAGGGGCGCCGACAUGGUCAUGCCCCUCGUCGACGUCAAUGGGUCCCUCCGGCCCGACAUCGCCGAGGGUCACAGGCGCGACUGGGCCGGGACGACCGUCUUCUGCGUCGACUCAGAGCAGACGGCCGACGUCGACGACGGGUUCUCCGUCGAGCCGACCGAGGACCCGGGGGUGCACUGGAUCCACGUCCACAUCGCCGACCCGGCGUCGCGCAUCGACCCCAAGUCCGAGCUCGCGCGCCAGCUCGAGAAGGCCCCGUCCAGCCUGUACCUGGCCGGGUUCCCCAACAAGAUGCUGCCGCGGGACCUCGAGCAGCAGUUCUCCCUCGACCCGGGCCGCCCGGCCCUGACCUUCAGCGCCAAGGUCAACGAGCGGGGCGACAUCCUCGACUACAAAGUCGAGCCGGGCACCCUCCAGAACGUCCUCCACGUGCCCAAGGACGAGGUCGCCGUCAUCCUCCCCGGCGGCGGCACGCAGCAGCCGCCGACCCCUUCGGCCGCCGACACCUUUGCCGUCGGCCGGCCGCCCGCGCCGCCGCCGCAGCCCGUGAAGCACAUCACCACGGCCGCCGACCUCGCUCAGGAGGACAGGGAUGACCUCGUCCUCCUCGACAGGCUCUGUGCGGCGCUCAAAGACCGCCGCGUCGAAAAGGGGCAGCUCCCGCAGUUCCAGCCCCGCUUCGGCUCCCCCGAGGUGUCCUUCGACUCCGUCGUCGUCAGGGGCGACCCGGACGUCCUCGACUCCUCCAUGGCGUGGCAGGGCGACCCAUUUAACGCCACCAAACUUGCCGCGAACCCAUUUCCUAAAAAUAUUAAGAGUCCCUCCAGGCCGAUUUUAUUAGAUCAAAAGUCUAAAGCUAGAGGUGGGGCGGAGGCCCCACUGCCGGCCCGCUUCGCCUUCGUCGUCGACGGCCUGUACCCCAUCGGCCUGCGCGGCCGCCUCGAGGACUUCCACGGCCUCGCCGCCUCCGUCGACCUCGCGAGGCUCGACCCCGUCGCCAGGCUCGCCGACGUCCAGGUCGACGACCGCUUCGAGGUCGAGAUCCACGACAUCAACGUCGUCACCACCCUGGUCUCCGUCCGGCCCCUGCGGAGGCUGGCGCCGGGCCAUGCCGUCACGUCUUCUGCCUGA